AUGAACCGACACGUCCUUGAAAAGGGCCAUUCUGCCUACCCAAGAGGUUCUGCAUUUUCAAUCUCACCUAAUAGAUUCCAGCCUCGCUCUCAACCUGCCCUCCGGCGACGCCGCCAGCUCUUCCAGCGCCUCUUCCUCCUUGGACUUGUGUCAUUGGUGCUGGUCCUCCUGAUCUUCCCAUCCUGGCGCGCCGCCAUCCUCCCCACGCUCUCGCUCGGUCUUCUCUCAUACCCGGGGGAUCUACACCUACAAACGGUUCGAUAUUAUGAUUUAUCAGAAGUGCAAGGCUCAGAGAAGGGAUGGGAGCGCGGAGAGCGCGUCCUGAUGUGCACUCCACUGCGAGAUGCAUCAUCCCACCUUCCGAUGUUCUUCUCGCACCUCCGGAACCUCACAUACCCACACAACUUAAUUGAUCUCGCCUUUCUGGUGUCCGAUUCUCAGGAUGACACACUGGGUAUGUUAUCGCGCAUGCUGGAGGAAAUACAAAAUGAUCCGGACCCAAGUAUGUCCUUUGGAGAGAUUUCCGUGAUCCAGAAGGACUUCGGGCAGAAAGUCCAACAGGAUGUGGAAAGCCGACAUGGAUUCGAGGCGCAAGCUAGCCGACGUAAGCUGAUGGCGCAGGCCAGGAAUUGGCUGCUAAGCGCCACGCUUCGCCCGACCCAUAGCUGGGUUUACUGGCGAGACGCGGACGUGGAAACUGCCCCAUUUACAAUUAUUGAAGAUCUGAUGCGCCAUAACAAGGACGUCAUAGUUCCAAAUGUAUGGCGCCCGCUUCCAGACUGGCUUGGCGGAGAGCAGCCGUAUGAUCUGAACUCAUGGCAAGAAUCUGAGACUGCAUUGGCGCUCGCAGAUACAUUGGAUGAGGAUGCCGUCAUCGUCGAAGGAUACGCUGAGUAUGCUACAUGGAGACCUCAUCUUGCCUACCUCCGUGACCCCUACGGCGAUCCUGACAUGGAGAUGGAGCUGGAUGGAAUUGGAGGUGUCAGUAUUCUGGCCAAAGCCAGGGUGUUCCGUGCCGGUGUGCAUUUCCCGGCCUUCAGUUUCGAGAAGCAUGCCGAGACGGAAGGAUUCGGCAAGAUGGCCAGGCGGAUGAAGUUCUCGGUAGUCGGACUGCCACACUACACAAUUUGGCAUCUGUAUGAGCCUAGUGUGGAUGAUCUCCGACAUAUGGAAGAAAUGGAGAUCGAACGCCUAGCUCACGAGAAAGAAGAGCAAGAGCGAGCCGAGCAAAUGGCCAGCCCCCAGUCCCAACCCCUGGGCACUGAUCAGACUGUUGACGGCGAACAACUCCAGGGCUCUGUUGAAGGUCCGGCUGGUCAGCCCCUGAAAGACGCCCAGGAUUCUACACAGCGUCAUUUGAACGACCCAGCCGAUCAAACCGAUCAAAUCGACCAGGCCAGCCAAGUUGAUCAAGCUGGGAAAUCAAUGGAAGUCAAUUAG